AUGUGCAUUGAUAAAGGGGACGGCUACUGGUCUCAGGACUUGAUUAAUAUAGCCCUGUACAAAGACCUGAUCCGUCUUUCUGUUCCCCAUGAUCCCGCCCCACAGCAUGACGCUGCCACCACUGAAUCUGUUCCUCUGAAGAACACAGGCAGGCUGGACGCGAGGCUAACAGACCAGCGAGAAAAGCUGAGAGAAGGGAAGAUUCCGUUGCCAAUGUACGCAGCCGUGCGCGUUAAGACGGAUGUCUCAGCCAAGGUUUUUCACGAAUGGAUGGAGUUCACUCCGUAUGAAAUUGGAAUAUUGAAAUACAAAAUAUAUAUUCCAGCUGAGAUGUUUGGAAGCAAGUUUUUCAUGGGUCAUCUUGUCAAAAACUGCGAGGAGCCGCGGCUACAUUUCUUGCAAGGUAUUUGGGGAAGUGCGUACUGUGUACUGCUAAAGAGAUUUUUUUGGAAAAAGGACAAAAAGAAUUCAAAGCAGGAAAGAGACGAAUUAGAAAUAGAGUUAAACGACAGUGACUCUUCUGAUACCAGUGACAGUGAAGACGAUGACAGUGACAGUGAAGAUGCUAAUGAUGAACAUGAGAAAAAGGAAAAGGAAACUGACGAAAGCAUUUUUUCGAUAUUCUCGUUGUAUGGCAAGUGUUUCAGAUUAGAAUUGAUCCUUAAAACUUGCUUUGCUCGUAUAAUGUCAUGUACCGCUUCCUGA